AUGAAAAUCCCCAUUUCCUUGCCGGGGAAGCGCGAAGUACGCAACAUAUUGGCCUGGGCUCGUUCUCUAGCCCCUUCUCAGCACUACGAUGAGGCAGCAGACAGCGAUCUACACGAUACCGAGCUCCUCGCACUUCCCAGCCAACAGUCGCUAUCUUCCGUCUCAAAAAUCACGGCAAAAGAGUGA